AUGUCCUGCCAGUUAGCAGGAGGUGUGGAUGACACAAGAACACUAUGGGAUUUUUGUGCACAGGCCAAAGAUUCGACAUCCCCCAUUCCAAAGACACGCUUCAACGCUGGCAACUUCUAUCAUCCGGAUAAGUCCAAGAAAGGCCACUUCAACGUCGAAGGUGGCUCUUUCUUGGAACGCGAUGUUGGGCUGUUUGAUGCACCCUUCUUCAAUCUCAGUGAGGCCGAGACUAAGUCGAUGGACCCUCAGCAUCGACUUCUCCUUGAAAGCGCGUUUUUGGCCUUCGAAAAUGCCGGGAUAGACAUCAAUUCCAUUGCAGGCCGUGCUGACGUGGGAGUUUUUGCUGCCGGUUCUCAAUGUGACUAUCAAGAUCGUCUCAAGCUCGAUCCAUACACCAGCUCUCUAUACACGGCAACUGGUAUCGCAGCUACCAUGUUCGCUAACCGAAUUUCCUAUUUCUUCAACGUCCGGGGCCCCAGUAUCACUAUUGACACAGCUUGCUCCUCCGGUCUGACAGCAUUACACAAUGCCGUUGAGAGCAUUCGAAGCGGCCAGUGUAGCUGUGCCGUGGUUGGAGGAAGCUUCUUGCAGCUCUCGCCGCAUUUCUUAAGCUUUAUGUGCAAUCUAGGCACGCUCAGUAAAGAAGGCAAAAGUUUUCCUUUUGACCAUAGAGCAAAUGGGUACGGACGUGGAGAAUGUGCAGUAUGUCUUGUCCUGAAAGCAGCCGCGGAUGCCAUCUCUGCCAACGACUGUGUUCGCGCUCUGGUACGCAAUACCGGUAUCAACCACGCUGGUCGCUCGCAAGGCAUCACAUUUCCAAACGGUCAAGCUCAGUCGGAAUUAAUCGCUCGUGUUUACGGCUUUGUCGGAUUGGAUCCACGAGAGACGGUAUAUGUAGAAUGCCACGGCACAGGCACAGAACGCGGUGAUCCUAUCGAAGCUGAAUCAAUUGCAGCCGCCUUCGAUGGUGUUGCAAGAGGCUUGGACAAUCCCAUUUAUUUGGGCAGCGUGAAGUCCAAUUUCGGCCACUUGGAGACUGUGAGCGGACUUGUGUCCGUAGUAAAGUGUGUCUUGAUGCUCGAGCGAAAGAUGAUUCUGCCAAAUGCAAAUUUUGAGAAUAGCAACCCUUUGGUCAACCUCGAAAAGCUCAACCUUAGGGUACCCACUGAAUGCAUACCUUGGCCAAGCGGUACAAUAAGGAGAGCAUCUGUCAACAAUUUUGGAUUCGGUGGUUCCAAUGCCCAUGCUAUCCUCGAACAAGCUUCGGAUUCUCAUACAAAACCUUCCGCCGAAGACGUGAUGGUCGUAUGUAUGGUUCCUAAUGGAAAAGAAGAACCGACGCAUAGACUUUUCACUGUUUCUGCCAAAGACGAAAAGUCCCUAAAGUCAUAUCUCCAGUCUUUGGUAAGGUACGUGGAGAGAGUACCAAAGGACAGUCAGACUUUUCUUGCCGAUCUGAGCUAUACUCUUUGUUGUCGACGAACACCUUUUCAGUGGCGUUUGGCCACGUACGCAUCAACACAGGCCCAGUUAGUUGAGAGGCUAACGAGAUCUAUUCCGAUCGGGCGAGCAAAUCUAUCGCAAAGACUGUGCUUUGUCUUCACCGGACAGGGUGCGCAAUGGCCUAGGAUGGGUAUUUCAUUGAUGCGAUAUCCAACUUAUGCGAAGACGAUAAAGGAGGCUGGCAGAAUCCUGAAGGAUCUGGGAGCCAACUGGUCUCUUGUGGAUGAGCUCUCGAAGUCUCCUGACUCAUCUUUGAUGGGAGAGGCGAUUGUCAGCCAGCCGGCGACAACUGCUUUGCAAAUAGCAUUGAUUUCUCUUUUUGCAAGUUGGGGUGUGGCCCCGGUGGCAGUAUGUGGGCACUCAAGUGGAGAGAUCGCAGCUGCUUAUGCGGCCGGCUUGCUUAACCUCCAAUCUGCCAUGUCUAUCGCCUAUCAUCGUGGAAGACUGUGUGCACAGCUCCACAAAUUAAAGUCAUUCAUUCCUGGUGCCAUGAUGGCUGUGGGAGCAGGACCGCACUUCGUUGAUCCUUUGAUCGGAAGUUUGCGUGAUGGCCUGGCAACGAUUGCGUGUUACAACAGUCCAAGUAGCGUGACUGUCUCUGGAGAUCGUUCAGCAUUGCUGGAACUCAAUGAGAAACUGGACAAAACCGGCACAUUUAAUCGCAUGCUCCAAGUCGACGUCGCUUAUCACUCGGAGCAGAUGACCUGGAUUGCCAAGCAAUAUCUCCAUGAGAUUACUCCUGCACUUACCAGUAACGCUUCUAAGGACGCAACAGCCACUUUUUUCUCGAGCAUCACUGGCGACAGUCUGGCAUCGCACGUGGUACGAUCGCCAUGGUAUUGGGCCACCAAUCUCGUAUGCCCUGUCCAAUUUGCCAAAGCUGUACCCGCCAUGAUUGCGGCUCAAGCCUCUUCUCACCCAAGGCAUUCUAUAUCUCUGCUCGAGGUUGGGCCUCACAGCGCGCUUCAAGGCCCAGUGAGAGAGCUGCUGCAGCACCACAGUUCGAAGGCAACCGGGAACUCUCCAGAAUAUUUCCCUAGCCUCAAAAGAGCUGAAGAUGGUUGCCAAAGUGUCCUAGGACUCGUAGCGUCGUUAGUUGCUCGGGGUUUCAUACUCAAGACAGACGCUAUCCACGGAGAGACGGCAGGAGAAUCUUCAGCUACGCUACUGACUGACCUUCCCCUUUAUUCAUUCAACAGGGCAAGAAGCUACUGGCAGGACUCAAGGUUAGCUAGUAGUUUUGAGCAGGAUGGUUCUCCAUGGCAUGUCCUUCUUGGCCACAAGAAUACCAGCACUGUUGGGAAAUCUCUGGAGUUUCGCAACGUGUUCUCUUUGGAUGACAUUCCUUGGCUGAGAGACCAUCGAGUAGAUGGUAACGUCGUCUCUCCAAUGGCUGGGUACUUAUCUAUGGCUAUUGAGGCGCUGCUAAUUUCGACAUCAAAAUUGCAAUCACAAGCAAUCGAUGGAUACUGUGUCAAGGAGAUGGCCAUUGGAAAGGCGUUCAUUCUUUCUGAUGGAGAACAAAAUGAGCUUUUCACUGUUCUCGAUUCUCAGGUCCUUGGCACUCGCGGAGAUAUACCCAGCAGAUGGCACGACUUCCGGAUUCUUUCCUGGACCAAAGAAAGCUCCUACAUGGAGCAUUGUAGAGGCUCAGUUUGUCUUAUGAUGGGAAAUAUCGCUGACUCAAUCAGUGAGCAGUGGACCACUUCAACCAAACUCCAGCGUGUCGAGCAGUUGAGAUCACGUGUAGGAGGGGCGAGUCCUCGAGAGGUUGAUGCCAAUCUGUGCUACGAGCGCGUAGCUCAAAAAGGCAUCUCAUAUGGACCAGCAUUUCGUCAGUUAACUGGGUUACGAACAGGGGAUGAUUGCGCCGUAGGUACCGUCACAAGUGUUGAAACCCGACCACUAAUGCCCACGGGGUUCGAGACGCCACUCAAAGUUCACCCAGCAACUUUGGAUGCGUGUCUGCACAUAGGCCUGUUCAGCAUGGGUGGGAACAAUGGUGACCCUGACCAGAUACGCCCGCGUGUAACGACAUUCUUGCGUGAGGCGUUCAUUUCUAAUCACAUGCCACAAGAUCAUCGCAGCUGUUUUCAUGUUUACUUCCAUGACCGACAGACUGAGUCAAUGUCACGAUCCACCACAGGAAGUUUAACCAUCUUUUCUGGAGACGAGAAGAUGCCCGCUAUUGAACUUCGAGAUUUACAUUUCUUCGAGAUUUCAGAAGAAAGCGCUCCGGAGCCACAUGCAGAUGUUUUGGAUCCUCUCAAAUUCGAUUGGCGAGACCAUACAGCCUUCAUAAAUUCUAGCUCUCUCGAUGACGUGGAGUAUCCUGGUGUCCCACUGGCUGAACAAGAUGCAGAGAUCAUGGCACUUGAGCAGCAGGCGUACUAUCUUAUGAAACGUGCAAUGUCCGCCUGUGGCACAGAGAUAGGCUCUAGCCGCCAUCUUUCCUUACUUCGUAAAUGGAUGGAGGCCGUGAUAGCGCAUGUUGAGUCUCCUGAUGCAAGCACCAGAGAACAGGAGUGGACUUUGCUCAAUGAGUCUAAGAGGACAGAUUUUAUCGAAGCUGUGAGUUCCCGGACUAUAACAGGUAAGUGGAACCGCGAUGUUGGCAAGAACUUAUACUCUAUUAUCACGGGGCAAGUUUAUCCCAUGAGCAUACUUCUGGCGGAGAAUAGUCUCUGGCGCAUUUACGAGGAGUCAUUCAUCUUCGGCCGCAGUGGGCACCAGCUGGCCGAACUCGUGAGCCUCGUUGCCCGUCAGAACCCAACCAUGCGGGUGCUCGAGGUUGGCGCAGGCACUGGUGGGUAUACAAGUAAAGUGUUAUCGGCGCUGAGUUCUACACCAUUGCCCGGUGUUCAAUGCGAGGUGUACGACUAUACCGAUGUGUCAACAGGCUUCUUCGAGUUUGCAGCCACAAAACUGGAGCGCUGGCAAAGAGUGUUGAAAUUUAGAAAGCUUGACAUCUCCAGAUAUCCGGCUGAGCAGGGAUUCGCGCUUGGAUCCUACGACCUCGUGAUUGCAGCCGAUGUAAUUCACGCAACACCGGACCUGGAGCAGAGUCUCGCCCAUGUACGUCAAUUGUUGAAAGCUGAUGGCAUCUUUGCCAUGGUCGAGCUGAGCCGAUUCAACAAUUCUUUAUUUCCAUUUGCGACAUUGCCUGGAUGGUGGGAGCGUGAGGCAGGUGCCGUGGUGCCAGAAUGCGAGUGGCAUGAGCUCUUGCUUCACGCCGGUUUUACUGGCGUAGAAGCCGCCAUCAAAGAUUUCCCCACGUUGAACUUUCAUAAGGUAUAUCAUACAAAGGUCCGAGGCCCACCACCUCAGCCGUUUCCGAGAACCGUCACUCUAAUAAAUAACGAUGAGGACUUGUCAGUUGACUCCUUGCGGGCAGAUGUUGGCACGGUCCUACGCCGAGGUCUGGGCCUGAACGUAGAACAUUCGUCCUUGGCCGCUGGCAGGAGCAGCAACGGCGUAUUGGUGAUCCUCGAUGACUCUGAACAUCCCUUGUUAACAAAUUUGGACCGUGCCAGGUUCCAGUCUCUUAAAAAGCUGUUGGAUAAAGCCAAUGCUGUGUUUUGGGUCUGCCGCGCGCCGCAUGCUGGCGCUGAUCAAGAGCCACAUCUCGGAUUUGUGUCAGGCUUCCUUAAAACUUUACGCCUCGAAAAUGUUGGUGUGAAGUUCGCUCUGAUUCAUUUGGAUGCUUCACGGCACGAAAAGUCGGCUGCGAAUGUCGGCAGAGUCUUCAAACAUUCAUUUCUCAUGAAUGUCAGCGAUGGGGAGACGGAUCUCGAGUUUCGAGAAGAACGUGGCCGGAUCCAAGUUCCUAGACUUAUUCCCGACAAGAGCAUCUAUGACUCCGUGGAUCGUGAGAGUAACAAAACACGGCUUGAGGAGCAGGCCUUGUGGCAGGAAGGACGAUCUUUGGAAGUUGCAAUGAGCACAGUUGGUUUGCUCAGUACUCUACAUUUCCAGGACUCCAAUGCUGUUGCGCAGGAGCCGGCGGACAACGAGGUCAUCAUCGAGAUCAAAGCCACAGGUAUGAAUUUCAAAGAUGUGUUGAUCGCCUUAGGUACUCUGCCGUGGCAAGGAUUGGGCCGAGAAUGCAGCGGCGUAAUCGUUGCUGCCGGAAAAGAGGCCCAAGUUCGCUUUCAGAAAGGCGACGCAGUGGUACACUGGGGCGGGUCGCUCUUUGCAACGCACGUCCGCUGCAAGACGUCAAGUAUCGUGAGGAUGCCGGAAACCCUCAGCUUCGAGGAAGCCGCGUCUAUUCCUAUUGUGUUUGCCACCGCGUACGAGUCCUUGGUCAACUCGGCCCGUCUGAGGAAGAAUGAGACAGUGCUUAUUCAUGCUGCAGCUGGCGGAGUAAGACAGGCUGCCAUUAUGAUCGCUCAAUGGCUUGGAGCUGAGGUGUUUUGCACUGUCGGAGCACCUGAAGAGAAGGAUCACAUUACGCACUUGUACAACAUACCUGAGACGCACAUCUUUUCGAGUCGUUCGGCAACGUUCGCGGGUGCGCUGCUGGCAGCAACCCAAAUGAAGGGUGUUGAUGUUAUCCUCAACUCGCUCUCAGGUGACUUACUACGCAGCAGCUGGGGAUGUCUUGCCCCAUUCGGCAGAUUCAUAGACAUUGGUAAAAGGGACGCUGUUGCAAACGCCAGCCUUGAGAUGGCACCCUUUGACAAAGGCGUUACUUAUAGCGCCAUUGACCUCUCUCUUUACAUCGACAGACGAGAGACCGAACUCUGUCAACUCAUGGGACGCGUCAUGAACCUCGUAGGUACCAUGGCAGUCCGCCCGGCGCAACCAAUCCAAUGUUUGUCAAUUGCCGACCUAGAGACCGGCCUGCGCACUAUGCAAGCAGGCAAGCAUAUGGGAAAAAUCGUUGUCACCAGUAACCGCGAAGCUCGCGUCGAGGCACGAUGCAAACCAUCUUACCACACAGGCCUCUACCCUGAUUGUUCUUAUUUAAUUAGCGGUGGCGUCGGCGGUCUGGGAAAAAGUCUUGUUGACCUUUUCCUUCGCAACGGAGCCAAGCAUAUCAUUCUCGCUUCAAGAAGUGCAAGUGAAAAGGCGUCACAAGGUGCGGUGGAUGAGCUCCUCAAGGGUGCCGCUACAAAAGAUGCGAGAAUACUGCCGGUCAAGUGCGACGUGGGUUCCACAGUCGAUGUGCAGAACAUGAUUGCAACAGCAGCACAGCAAGGCAUGCCCCCUGUGCGAGGUGUCGUGCACGGUGCGAUGGUGUUAAAGGAUGCACUUUUUGAGACCUCUACCUUCGACGAGUGGGAGGCAGUCCUGAGGCCCAAGGUAAAGGGAGCCAUAAAUUUACACACGGUUCUUGAUGGCAACCCAUUAGAUUUCUUUAUUUGUCUAUCGUCGCUGGUGGGUGCCCUGGGGAACGCUGGUCAGGCUUCAUAUGCUGGCAGCAACACUUUCCUUGAUGCUUUCUCGGUGCAAGACGUUGGUUAUAUUGCGGAAUCAGUAGCUCGCGGAGUUACCUCCUUUGAUGAUGAUAUCUAUGGAUUUUUGAUCACUGGAGCGGACUUACAGUUUCUGGUCAAGGCCAUUGUACACGGUGGCCUGAUGGACUUCAAGCAGAACGGUAACCAGGUGCUUGUGGGGCCGUUAAGACGACCUGAGGUCGGAAAUCAUCCUCGAAUGCGACAUGCCUUCUUCACUUCAGUCCGACAUUCAGUGACGGCUCAAAGGCCGAACCAGAACCUGGGCGUGGCUACCAAUGCUAGCUCGAGGACAGGUUUUCGGACCGAGAUUUUAGUCGACAAGGAAGUUUUGAAGCAUGCAGUUGAUAUCGAAGAAGCUUCCAAGAUCGUAUUUGAAUCGCUUGCUCAGAAGCUGGCCAAGGAAAUGGCGAUUUCGCCGGACGACAUUGCCCUUGAGACUUCGCUUACAGAACUCGGCCUGGAUUCUUCGAUUACGGUUAGGAUUCGAAAUUGGAUAGCGACAGAGCUCAAGGCGAAUAUGCCUGUGAUGGAAAUCAUUGGGGGCGGGUCGAUCAACGAUCUGGUUGCCAAGAUAAUGCAAAGAUCAACCUUACUCGUGAAGUUCACGGACAAGGCACAGAUGGAGGGCUCGGAGUAG